CGAUUGCUUAGGGCUCGUAGUGCCCCGUCUGUUCGGAUUCUACGAGCGUAAACCCUAAUUCUUCUCGUUCAGGGCAGGUUGAGGAUCCAGCGCGGGUUGUGUCCUCGUCGAGUUGAUUGGAAUCGCCAGAAGCAGAUGAAUCGCAUGUCUCCCCCGCUGAUUUAACCGGUAAUUAGAGUUUCUACUUUGUGAGCUAGGUUUUGAUUUUGCACUGCUUUUCCUCUGCAAAAUGGGGAAAAGAGAGAAGAAUCCGAAGGCGGCUACGUCACAUCGCGAGGAAGAUCAAGAGGAGAGGGAAGAACGGCCAGCGCAAUCGAAUUCCCAAAUCAUUGUGAGCAGCGACGAUGAAGAGGCCAAUGAGGAUCUCAGCUUAAAAAUCGUCGAGAAAGCUAUGAUACGAGCGUUUUUCGCCGGCCUGAAGAACCAAGCGGUUCCCGAUGAACCGGGACAGGUUGAUGUGAUUAAUAUCUCUUCGUCGUCGUUGGAAGAAGCUGAGGAUGUGGCCAGGGAUGUGAAGGGUAAGACGAGAAGUACAAGAGAGAGUGGUAAGAAGAAUAAGGAGAAGAAGGGCAUGAAGGUGGAAAAGCCAGAGGGAACUGUUGUUCUAGCAAAGGAAAAGGAGAAGUCUGAGACAAGCAAUGGCGCAGAGAUUGAACCUGCAGAGACAAGUACUGCCCAGAUAUCAGAUAAUGUUGUGCUCCGGAAGCUUCUUCGUGGGCCAAGGUAUUUUGAUCCUCCCGACAGUGGUUGGGGAACAUGCUAUAACUGUGGUGAAGAAGGCCACACAACUGUGAACUGUACUUUGGCUAGGCGGAGGAAGCCCUGCUACGUAUGUGGGAGUUUGGAGCACAAUGCGAAGCAGUGCAUAAAGGGACGUGAGUGCUUUGUCUGCAAAAAAGGUGGUCACCGUGCAAAAGAUUGUCCAGAGAAGUACAAAAGGGGAUUGCAGAAUUCUAAUGUAUGCUUGAGAUGUGGAGACUCUGGUCAUGAUAUGUUUUCAUGCCAUAGUGGUUAUUUAUCUGAAGAUUUAAAGGAAAUGCAAUGCUACAUUUGCAAAAGUUUUGGCCAUCUUUGUUGUGCUGACUUUUCUGAUGCUGGUCCAAUAGAGCGAACAUGUUACAGCUGCGGUCAGCUUGGGCAUUGUGGUUUGGAAUGCAUGAGAUUGCGUAGUGAAACAAGUGGGUUCAGCUCACUUGGUUCGUGCUUCAAAUGUGGGGAAGGAGGACAUUUUGCUCGUGAAUGCACAAGUUCAGCUAAGGUUCGUAAGAGGAAUCUUAAAUUGUCAACACCUACCAAAAAAUUUUCCAAAGAAAAUGGGGACCAUUUUAGAGUCAGGUCUGCACCUUCAGAUCUUGGCAAAGCUCGCAAGCGGAGAAAAUCUCAAUUUGAAGAAGCUGUAUCUACCACUCCAUUUAACUCUAAGCAAAGACGUGGUUGGAUUACUGAAGAUCCAGGAGACUUGCCCCGUGGAAAUGCAAAAACGCGUGGAUGGGGAUCUCCAGUAACACCAACGUAUAAGAGUAAAACUUAUUCUUCUGUUGCUGCUGAUCAUACUUCAAGUUCUUAUUCUUCGAGGAAGAGUCAACAGCAUCAUUUUGGAGGAUCACCUUCCAAUACAUCCUCUAAUUUUUAUCAGCACAGAUAUUCAGCAUCCAGAUUUGGCAACUCUAAUAGUGACAGGACGUGGCCAACCUAUUAUUGGUAGGAGGUUUUUUUUUUUUUUUUUUUAAAUUAUACUAUGUCGCGGGAACUGUGGAAGGAUACAAUGGAGGCUGUCCUGGUUUUUAAAACUCUUUGAGUAUCUUUGCUCAAGCCGUCUUUAAGUUUUUAGCUGUACCAUAUGUUCUUGAUUGUCUGGUUGCAGUUUGCAGUUUGUUGCCCUCGUGUUAUUUUUAUCAGACAUGGGCCACCGACUUUCUAAGCACCUUUUUAGGUGCAUGAUGCCUGGAUAUGACAUGGGAUAUGUCUGAAUAGUUUCCUGUGACACAGACACGCACCCAUGAAAGCAUGCCUAUUUAUUGAAGAAAUUUAUGUAUUUGUUAUGGACACGGGGUUAUGCACCCAUAAAGCAUUCCUAUUAAUUCAUGAAGUUUAUAUGCAUGUUAUUGACCAUGAACCCUUUUUACGUUGCUCUUGAUCACACGGUUGUUUCAAUGUAAGGAGAUGCAUUUCACUCCUAUAUUGCCAUUGUGGAGCUGCAAUGCGUCUGUGCCCGUUACAAUGGUCUGUAUAGUAGCAUUACAAGUAAUUUAAAUCCGUCAGAUAUCUCCCUUCUCUGUUGCAUCUUGUUCCUGCUUUAGUCCAACCAUGGAAGGUGCUUGAGGAAAAUGAUGGAAGUUUUCUAGGCAUGAUUUAAGGCCCAAAUUCUUAACCAUGUACAGAAGUCACUUUUCAGAAAACAAAUGGCUAAUCCACACUGGGCAACUUCUGUUAGAUCCAAGUGGUUUGUGUAAAACUGGUUGAAUUGAUUAUUGAUUAUGAAGCUUUGCUCUUUCCUCUUA